CGCCCCUCGGCCCGGCUAUGGGGCGGUGAGAGCGGGGAGGGCGCAGGAGGGCGGCUAUGGCUGCGCGCUGCCUCCCGCUCUGCCUGCUGGCCGUCAGCUGCACGAUGCCUGUGCCGAGCUGGGGCCGGAGCUGUGCCUCGCAGCGAAUGGACAACGCCAUCGUCGAUAUCAACUUGUCUCUCCCCAUGGGUAUCCGAGGUGCGGAACCGGUGCACGUUGCAACAGCAGAGGCUUGCAUACAUGCCUGCUGCUUGGAAAAAAAGCUGUCAGGAGACAAGAACUGUAAUUUGGUGAUUUUUGACGCUCAAAGGACAAGCACACAACCAAACUGCUACCUGUUUCAUUGCCCUAGCACAGAGGCAUGUCCGAUGAAACCUGCAAUGGGACUUGUAAGCUACAAGAUAGAUCAAGACACCCAUGCCCUGGAGGACACAUCCUUCAAUUCAGAUGAACUCUCUGUACCUUCAGAUGCCGGAGCUUUUAUUCCUCAAAGUCAGGCUAGCCAUCAGAAUCUCACCACUGCUUUGCAACAGUCUGUUUUUCAUCAAGAAUCUGAACUCCUGAACCAUAUGGCCAAACAUGUAGACAACGCUGAAUUUCAUACAGUUUUUCCUGAAUCACAAAGGGCAGACAGUCCCAAGAGCUUAGACCCCUUGCCAAGGCAGAAAGUAAUUAAUCCACCACCAGAUUUAUCAUAUACUGAUCAAAUUGGAAACCCACCUGCUUUGUUCCCCACCACUGAGUCUAGUGUUCCCAGCAGUACAACUGUUACUCCUCUGCCUGCAAGUACCGCCAGACUGAAAUCUCACACAACUUCUUUGCCUACUGGUGGUACCACACCUAGUAGUGACACUAGAACAACCACCUUUAUGCUUACUGCAAUUACUAGAGCUGAACCUGGUAUCCCUACUGCCAAGAUUGCUGCUACUUAUGUUUUUCUUUCCAGUUCCACAGCUUCUACUUCUACAGCCAAGUGGGUGACCUCAAAUCCCAUAACAGCUACCCGCUCAGCAGGGCUCAGAACUUCAUCCAUCCCUCCUGAACCAACAGCUGUCUCUACCAGUUAUACCAGUCAUGUUUCCCUUGUCUCUUCAAGUUUUGCUCUCUCUACUAGUGCUUCCCCCAUGGCUUCCCAAAACAACCAUCAGGAUUAUAUUCCAUCUGAUUCAGAAGGCAACCUCCUAGAGGAUGUUCAGAGAAGAAAAGGCUUUGUUCAGCUGGAAGACAAAAGCAGACUUAUAGCAGCUUUACUUUUUGGGGUCAUAUUCUUGCUGUUAGUUAUUGCACUCACAGGGAAGAAAAUGCAUGAAUCUCUUCAGAAGAGGCAAUACACCAGGUUGGAUUACUUGAUCAAUGGGAUGUAUGCUGAUGUGUGAUGGGGCAUAGGGAAUAGACUGUUAGGAGCAUUUAUCAUCUUUGUGAGAACUACUUUGAAAGCAAAGAGCGGAUACAAAGUCUCAGAAGAUGAUGCAUUUCUUUUUUGGUCACCAGUGACCACAUGGUUUUGGUGGGGAAGAGAACUGAAUUAUAAUGCCUGUCAUUCGUUUUACUAUCAAAUCCUAAAUACAAACACUCAAGCUAAGCAAAGUUCUCGUACUUAAGGAGAAAAAUAAUUUCAAGAAUAUAUUCUGUGACUAGAUUGGCAGAAUAGAAUUCGACCUAAUUAAUUGAAUACCUCUGCAGCACAUGAGCACUUUCAGUGCUUUUUGCCUCCAAAUACAUCAGUGCUUUUUGCCUCCAAAUACAUCAGUGCUACACAAGUCUGGCAUCAUGUGACUGUAUAUGACAUCCUACAUACUCUAUCUGAGCCUUAAAUGAGUACUAGGUAGUAUACAGCAUCCAGAUAGUUUUAGGUACAAGGAGUAAACUGUAAUAUUUACAACAUGCUUGGCUUAACUCUCCUUGCUACGUUGUGUUCAUUGUUAUCUAUCUUGAACGCUUUCACGUGCGUGUAUCAUCAGCUAUACUUAAAACCACACGCUGCAAAUUUUAGUUUGCCUUUUCUGAAGAGAAUACCACCCUCCAGCAUACUGAUUUUUUUUGCAGGACAUAUCAAAUAGUUUUUAUCAUAUUUAUUUAAACAAAGCUAGAAUCGUUUUUCUUCUCAUGAUAAAUAGCACGACCAAGCAACCUGGCGUAUACAUGAGAAUCUGUUCUAAAAUACUUAAACCUAUAACAGCUGAAACUUAACAGUUAAUUGUAGAGCAGAUGGAAAUUUAUGAAGGAACUGAGCAAAGGCAACAGCUGCAUUACAAGCAGAGGACACAGAAAAAAUAUGGUUUCCAGUUCCUGAAUAUCUAAACAGACUGAAGAGAAUUAAGAAAGUAUUAAGCAACAUCGAUGGAUGUGUUGUGCAACAGUCCCAAACUCAAUGAUAUUUCCUACAGUCAGAGAAGCAUUGUCUUCAAACAACUCUGUAUUCUUUUAUUUCCCACGCCAGGCUAGUGGCUCUUUUAAAGCACUGCUUGCAACAGGGCUAGAUUUGAUAGAAACACACAGACAAUCACGGGUCCUCAAGAGAUCGAGUCCAAUCCUCCUGCUAAAGCUUAGGAUCUUUACAGACAUUAAUCAGAACUCUGGGUAGAACUCUACAUGCUCUCAAAGCACAUCUUGCUUUACUUCUGGGGCCAUGUUCAUACAACUGGUAAUAAGCACAGCUGCUCACUAUGUUUCCCUGCCUCUGGAAUAAGAGGGAACUGACAGUGCCUGUAAGCGUCCACUGUUUGAACCUCCAGUUCAAACUCACUUUUUCUCCACGCCAUCAUCAGCCUUAAUCUGUAUUCACAUUCUUUAAUAUCUGUGACAGGCAGCAUAAUCAACUACAGACAUCAAGAUAGGGAAGGAAAAGUGCCUUAUGAAUAGAAACAAAUAAUUAUAUUACAAAACAUGAGAAGUAACUCACAUUCAAGAGGUUCUUAGAUCUCUCAAGUUUACUGCAGUGGGAAUCAGUCAUGAUCCUGAAGUGGCCUCAAGGCCACUCUAACAAUAACUUCAUGCAGAAAAUCCUCUGAAAAUUCUAUUAUUCAACAAUCAAAACCAACUCAGUGUUCCUUAGGUCAAGUAAUUGAAUGCUUGCUGUAUAAAGGCUGAAAGUUACUUUACAGAUACAAAACCAUUUGUUUUUUCUACAUUAUUUCUGUCUGAUAAUACUGACAAUAAAAAACACUUUGGAUAACAUCUUAGAA